AAUUGAUCACACUCAAAAAUUUCAGUCCUUUUAAAAUUAAAAAAAGGUAUACCUAAGGAAAUUACAAAAAAAAAAAUUGAUAAAAAUAGAAGAGUCGAUGGGUUUUUUCAAAAGUCUCAAAAUGAGAAGAUGUAAUAUGCAUUUAAUAUAUAGUAACAAAUUGUUUAAGAAACCACCAUAGGGUUCCACUGUGAGCAACAGUCGUCAAAAAAUGACACCGGCUCCCAGUAAAACAGCGGUAAAUCACACAUAUGGCCGCGUCCCACGGCCAUGAAAUGGGUGGCCAAAGGGCACGAUGAAAUUACUACGACAGGCUGAUAAUACUCUCGUGUGUCUUGAGGACACGAAGCGAACCAAGGACGACAGUUUUCUGUAUUCAUCUCGCAAGUGCCAUAACAUAUUUUUGGCACGUGUGAAUGGCUUUAAUGUUGCGAACUAGUGAUAGUUUCGCACCUCCGAGAGCGCGGAUCACAAUGAAAUUUAGGAUGCAGUCAUUGCUGCUCCCUUUGAAGGCCGUGAUGCCUCUCCUCCUUUUCCUUCUCCUUGGCAGUGCUGUUGUUGUCGGCCGGGGCCGAGAAUUUGAUCACGAAUGUAGUUCGUUUCUCGAAAAAUUUCAGAAAAUUUCAGAAAAUUUGGCACUUCUCGUUUUGGUCAAUCGACACAAUCUUCUUCGAAGCGUUCAGCAGGAAAGGGUGGCUGCCAACAGCAUAAGAGCGACAAAGAUGGUACACCGUCCUGGCAUGCGAAAAUAAAACCCUCUGUACCUGAAUUAAGUUUUGAUGAUCUGAGGAAAGCAAGUUUGCUCCUUCGACAAGGACAGAUUUUUUACAUUUCCGUGCAUUUUCUUGUUAAGUAGCUGUUUGCGAAAUUUUUCAACUUCUGCUAGACGGAGUAAUGCAUUUUCCUCACGCCUGAUGUUAAAAUUAACGUCAAGCAUUGCGGCCGCCUGCUCCGCGGCUUUGUAAUGGAAUGCUCGUUUGUUAAUCAUCUAGUGGUUCCUGACCAGUUUUAGGAGAGGAUCUCUGCCAUUUGCAACGCUGUAAGCUGUACUUAGAACAGUUCGGUUGUGAAGAUAUUGGAGAUUCAGAAGUCCGCGUCCGCCUUGACGGCGUGAGAGGUAUAAGGGCGGAACAGACGAAUUGAUAUGCAAGCUCUUAUGCAUAUGCAUGAUUUUACACGUGGGCGAUGUCAGGGGUCGUAAGCUUGUUCUUCGUCCAUUGAACAACCCCAAAUGGGUAGAGUAGAACCGGGACGGUUAGCAUGUUAGUCGCAGAGUCGGCUUCUGAAGAAAGAAGAGAUUAUUGGCGUUCCCAAAAGGCAGAGAUAGGAUGUUGGUGAUUAUAAUACACAAUAUCUAAGACGUUAAUAAACAUGAGGGAAGACAAUGAAGCGAGGGAAGAAGUGGAGGAUAAUUCAGGUGUCGAUGAUGAGUCUUACGAGGGAUCAGUUGUGCUAGAAUCGCAUGAAUUCAAUGAGGCCGAACGCGAUAUUAUGAAAGGCGACACUGUUGGAGAUACAGUUUACAGUUCCAAAUGGAUAAUCAAUACACUCAUUUCUUUAUCCAAGGUUUAUGAAAAAGGAUGGUCGAGCGAUUUAGAAGAUUCUUUGUGCAUGUUAUGGGAUAUGUCAGGAGAGAAGGAUGUAGUGAAGUUUUUGUUGGAAAAUGAUUUUUUGAAUAUGGCAGAAUUCGUUCUGAAAGUUUCGGAGGAGCCAAGACUAAUAGAAAUAAUAAUAGGCAUCGUGGGAAAUAUGUGUUGCGAUUCAACAGUUUUGGAAGCCCUCGAAAAUAAAAGAGAACUGAUUUCAAUCGUCUUGGGUCUUUUACCUUCUGAUGAUUCGCAAACACUUGUGCAAGUCUUGAGAAUUUUACAAGCCGCUGCUUGGUACAUUCAGCGAAAUUUAACAUCGGUUUGGUUGACAAACUUAAAGGAAUGUGAAUUUCUGGGCGAGGUUCUUACUUUUAUUCUCAAUAGCUCAAUAAAGGAUGAUCUUCUUAUGUCAGUUUUGUAUUUUUUGUCUACAAUUUCUUCGAUGGAGUCAAACGCCCUCACAGAUUUGUUUAAUGUCGAUCAAUUGAUUCCGGCCCUUUCGGAAUCGAUUUCCCAGAUAAUGAAAAUCAGCGAUGAACACCAUACGAGAACGCAAAUGAAGUCUAUUGAGAAUUGGCUUAUUAUUUUAUCUGAAAUAACCAAACGCGAGCUGUUGAAAUUUGAGAAUGGCGAAAAUGAUGAGAAGUUCAACAAAAUGAAUGAAAUCUUGUUCAAGAUUUUAAGACCAUAUAUCCAUUCUUAUAAUCUAAUUCCACUCGAUGAACAAAUUUCUUUUUGCAUUCACCAAAGUCUUGACAUUAUGUUAAUGUUUCAACGAAACGAGUUCCAGAUCAAUUCUGAACUAAACUGGGUCAUUAUUCAAAUUAUGAGUGUCCUUUCUUCUGCAAUGGAUGAGUAUAAAUCUCAAAUCGAAGAAGAUCCGGAAAAUGCGAUAAAAGAGCUUUCAGAUUAUAUGCAAAGCUAUUGGCUCGAGAUUUUGGCGAUUCUUAAAAGGGAUGACCUCUCAAAAAUUUUAAGACUGUGUGAUAAAGAAAUUAUAAAAGAACUGACGAUAAUAACUAAUGCGAAAACUUCCAACGAUAAAAUCGAUAAAUUAACGGAGAUAGUUUCAAGCUUAAGUUUGUAAUUUAUUUAUUGGUCAUUUUCUACUGUAUGUAAAAAUAUUUUGAAAUUGAUAAUGUACCUAUUAAUUUGCAAUUUAUUGUCAUGAAAGAAAAAUAUUUAAGUUCCAAAUCAGAAUUUUUUUUAUUUGUAGUAUGCCGUUAUCAAACCUGGAAUUCGUCGAUCUGAAAACACCUUAGUUCACUUGGCUAUAUCGAUUUUGAUCACAUCAAGCCAUUUUUUGAACCUGUUUUACUCAUUACAAUUUAAUUAAUUGAAAACUUAAAUUUUUAUGACAUUAAAUUUAAAACCUCCAAAAUAAAAUGUUUCUUUUCCUUCAAUAUCUAAAAUACGGAUACUUUCUGUGCACGUAGCCCCUUGUAAUCAAAUUCGAUUUUCCCGCCACGACACGUCAACAUGCGACACCUGGCGACAGUGGAGACAUUUUCAAUCAUCGUAUGACAGCACAGCAGACAUUCUCAGAAGUCCUGCUCCCGUCUUUGUAGACGGAUCACUUUGGCAAUUGCCGUCGAUCUUUGAUCAUAUUUUGCCAAAAACAAGUCACAUGCUCAUUUCUUUGCUCUUCUCCAGAAAUUUGUAUUUUUCAAAGGUCGAAAUAUAAGUCUUCAUUUUGAUACUUUUAAUACAUAGGUAUAGUUAAUUAUCUCCCCGCUUUUCACAUCAUGCCAAACGAAUUGACCUUUGCAGACUUUCCUAUUUUAAGUAGGAGUGCCGUGAAAAUUAAGGACAAGGAUGGGGUGAUAAGAAAAAUAAACAACAUCAUACAAGGAGGUCCUGCAAAACUACAAGUUUGUUACUUUUUUUUAUCCACAUAAUUAUGAUUUUCAAGGCCCUAAUAGUCGGUUCCAAAUUUAAAUUUA